CCCAAAGACGCAAAGUGACAGACGCAACGCAACGAAACGAAUCUUUAUCAACAACUCAACCCCCUCUCAGGAACCUCUGUUUGUGUCCCAAAAAUGGCUUUUUCUUCGGAUAAUCAUAAAUCCAACAACACUGCACUUCUCGUCAUAGAUAUGCAGAAAGAUUUCAUUUUACCAGAUGGUUUGAUGCGUGUUGAUGGUGGCCAAUCUAUUGUCCCCAACGUCAUUAAUGCCGUUGAAUUUGCUCGACGCCGUGGCAUCCUUGUAAUUUGGGUUGUUCGCGAGCAUGACCCACUUGGAAGGGAUGUUGAGCUCUUCCGUCGGCACUUAUACUCUGGUGAGAAAGCAGGGCCGACCUCGAUGGGUAGUGUUGGUGCAGAAUUGGUCGAUGGCCUUGUGAUUAAGGAAGAGGAUUAUAAGGUGGUGAAAACACGUUUUAGUGCAUUCUUUGCUACGCACCUUAAUUCAUUUCUGAAGACUGCUGGGAUAAAUAGCUUAGUUGUCAUUGGUGUUCAAACUCCAAACUGCAUCAGACAGACUGUCUUUGAUGCUGUAGCAUUGGAUUACAAAAAUGUUACUGUUAUUGUUGAUGCCACAGCUGCUGCCACACCUGACAUACAUGGUGCAAACAUUUUCGAUAUGAAAAAUAUUGGAGUUUCAACCCCAACAUUGGAGGAAUGGUGCGAGUCCAACGAUUGAUAUAUUUCACAACUGAAUAAGGUGAGUCCCUUCUAAUAACCCCCCCUAAACAGGUUGUAUGUAUGUACAGUUUAAGAUGGUUUUCGCCAUUUUUGCAUGGGAAAAAAGGAAAGAGGGCACGCUUUGCUGAUUUCUCCGUGGGGGUAAGCGCAGAACGGUUUAUCUUAGUCACGAAUGAACAAAUAUGUAUAUAUAAUUUUUGUGUGUGUGUGUGUGUGUUAAUAAUUGAAUUGACAUCUCAGUCAUGCUCUUGAGCUGCUAGUUUUAAAAAACAAAAUUUGUAUUUGUUUCUUAAAGUAUAUUUCGACAUUGCAUACUUUUAUAUCUUAAUGAGGUCAUUUCUGCAGGGAUUGAACUCCUCAGAUAGUGCAUGGAAGUUAAUUGAUGAAUUGAAGCGGAUGAAAUGAACGAAAAACAGAAGGAAAACAUGAACAAUAUAGAGAAGAAAAAAAAAUUCUCUGAAAUUUUAUAAUUUAAAAACAACUAAAUAGUUCAAAGGCUUACUUUACUGCUCAAUUUAUACCAAACAAUACUUGGUGAUCAAUUCACAAUCUACACAAAGAUUACAUAAAACUCAAAUAUUGUCAAAAAUAGUAGAUUUGAGCUGGGCUCAAAUUUGUAAUCUAAAAUAUAAAAGAAGCUCAGGAAAAAAAACAUGACUCAAAAUGGAUUUAUUUAGGCCUUGAAAUUAAGUAUUUAAAAUCUUUUCUAAAAAAAAUUAGAAAAUCAACAAAGCGUCCAAGCUUGCCUAACAAACUACUACAACUUUAAUAAAUACUAUCAGAAAGGAUAUCAAACUUCUCUUUACAGGAGUUGAACCCGAAACUUUACAAAAUCAACUUCUUUGAAAAAUCAACAAACGAUCAAACUGAUCAAAUUGUUUCAUAAAGUUGUUAUGAAUUACCCGUGCAUCAUUAACUCUUGAAACAACUUUAGGCAUUGUCUAAUGGUAAAUAUAGCAUCAUUGAAAAUGAUGUCUGAAAAGGGUUUCGCUCGAUAGAAACUGGUCCAUGAGCAGCUACUUUGUUGAUAGAAAUCUAUUAAGUAUUUAGAAAAUUGUGGAUAAACCACCACCCAAAUGAAAUGAUAAAGAGUCAACAAGGAUGUGUGUUAGAAAUUGGGCGCCCAUGUGGCAUGACCCUUAGAACCUUUUGGAAUCCUAUCCAAAUAGGUUUUGAAAUUGA